AUGGCGGUGCUUUUUUAUCUUCUCGUAACUUUAUACGUAGUGAACGCCGCACCACCUUCGCAGCACUACCCUCAUGCUGUUCAAAUACAAGUAAACCCACUGGACUAUUACUUGGACAGCCCACAGGUAGCUAACUACUAUCAGCAAGAACCAAGGCCAGGAAACUCAAACGCAGCACCUAACAAUGCGCCUGCGCGUCUCGAAUUGGUCGACCCUGACAGCGAGGUAGAGUUGAUACCAGGAGCUCAGCAACCACAGCAACCACCUCAACAGAAUCCAGUCGCCCCAAAUAUACCUGGACUGAUUCCUGGGCAAAGGGUGUUUAUAGUGCACAUGCCAGUCCCUGGGAUUAGGCCAGGGACUAUUGGUGGAUACCAACCGGUGUACGUGGUAGCCGCCGCACCCCAACCUAAUGCAGGCAACGCGUAUCCUGGUUACCAGAACCCUGUUCUCUUAGGGCCAUCAGGGCAGCCGAUAUCCCCAGUAUAUGGCUACCAAACAACCGCAAACGGAGUACAAGGGAGUCCUAACUACUUGCUCGGACCGCCAGUUAACCGACCGUUUCACUUAUCGUACCAAGAGCCGGUUGCUUACCAGCCAAUUCAAAAAGACCAAGGCAGCGUGCAACAGGGAGCUGUACGAUUGUCCCAGCUCGUCGCUCUGCAGGGACAGCAGCCCCAAACUACGAACGAAGCUAAGCAAAACAACGAAGGAGCUUCUAACACAGAGCCUCAAAGCGCGAGGCAAGUGACUUUAGAAUCCAAAGAACAAACCCAAAAUGUGAGACCGUCGCAAUCACAAAGAAAAGUC